AUGACAACUACAGCUCCAACUGCUCAUACUAGAUCAACUUUUUUAAGUGCUCAGGUUGAUAAGCUUGUUAGAUUUACUACGAAUCAAUGGACACCUGAAAAUCUUUCAUCAAGCGAAGCAUUCAAGUCUCAGGUUGUAGCUGCUCUCUCUCAGAGUCCAAAGAAUGGAUCUUCGUUGGCUUUUGCAGCGAGUGGUUUCUUAACAUAUUCUGCAAACGACUGGAAAACAACUGAUAAAGAAUAUAAAGGUAAGAUGAUGAUGAUCGAAAUAUCUAACUAUCAUUACCAAGAUUCUAUUAUUCAACUUAUCGGAGAUGCUCUACCUAUUUAUGAUGCCAAUGUCGUUGAUGCAAUAAUGAGAGGUUGUGCUUUGUCAUUCCAAAACUAUACAUCACAUCUCAAGAUAUGGCAAAACAAUAAGACUAGCGAAGCUCUGAAGGAGGCCAUGCGUAUUACAUUCAACCAUUUCGAAACUGAUCUUGCCACCUAUUAUAUGUCUAUGUGUACCAAGCCAGGAUAUGAGGUAGAUGAAUUAGAUGAAUUUGCUGCCAUUGCCAAUUUCCAUUUGAUUGUGCUUCGUGAUGUCUGUAUCUAUGGUACUCAAUGGGGUUUCAAAGAUAAUACUGUAAAUCUUUAUAAAAAUAAAUUAAAGACAUGCAUUGUUGAUUAUGAAGCAUAUGCCUGUGAUAUCUAUGAGAAAGGAUAUAAUAAGGUCUUAGAUCAAAUUGCUGCCAACCCACCAAAAUACCAAGUCACUCGCUGGAACAAGAUAAACGAAUACAAAAGAAAUAUGAAUCGUUUUGUUUUCGAUUAUGUUUCAAACUUUUGGUAUUAUAAUAUAGAUUUAUUCCCAAAUGGUGUAAAUGUUGAGCGUGUAAGAUAUAUAUUCUCUGAUAUUAUGGGUAUCCCAUGUACAUCCAGUGGAACUGCUUUAGAUAGACCUGUCGAAGAAAUUAUUAAAGUAAUGAAUAACAAUAAGAGAUAUUUAGGUGAAUUACAAUCUAUUGACUAUUAUAGAAGUACAACCGGAACUCGUAUUAUAAAUAUUCAACCAAAUUACUGGAGUUGGGAAUCCAGUUCAAAUAAACCGGGUUCAAAGUUUGGUGGACAAACUUUAAAUGGUACCACUGAGAAGAAAACCGUUAUCAUCGAUAGUUGUAAUCCGGCCGUCAAGAAUACCAAAUUCUCUGCAGUCUCUGAUUUGGUACCAAGAUCCAUUACUUUUGAAAAUGGUCAGAUUAUGCAACCUGCAACAAUGAGACCUGAGACUCCACCAUCAGGUGCCACUGAUAUUGAAAAUCAAUAUAUUUCUGUCGAUGGAAUUACCAAAUUGAAAGAUAUCUCUUACUCCAAUCAUAAGAUUGCCACUAUUGUCGGUGUCGGUGUAAACAAGAUGGGCACAAUGAAAGAUUUUACCGAGAAGGAAGUAGUUGAUGCCAUUACCAUUGGUUUCUCGCUGAAUGACACAUUCACUGAGAAUAUGCUUAUGAAAGAUAUUGUAAGUGUUGUCGAUGCCCAGAAAUUUGCCACCAUUGACAACGACUCAUACUACAAGAAUCCAUUUAUGUCGGUCAAUCAGGUCAUGUUUGGUAACCAUGCAAUGCACUUCUAUACUCGUAGUAAAUGCUCCUACUAUUUCAACAAGGAAUCGGACCAAUCCUCUGAAUACUACUUUGCCAUUUAUAUCGAAAGUUACUACGGUACUGAAGCCACCACCAUCAAAGUAAUAAGCCCUAAGAACAACGACACCUUACUUGGCACCUUUACACUCAAACCAGGUGAUAAACAUGUCAUUAUUCCUAUGGACAACAAUUAUAAAUGUAAGUUUGGCAAUGCUAUUAAUGCAGGUGUCCAAUUGGAACUUCAAUCUGGAGACUGUCACAUUGUAUCUCUACUUUUCACCCCUGGACAUUUAACUCCAUUUACUCGUACAAACGUAUCAAGAGGUGCAAAACAAAGAAAUGAAAACUAUCAAGUUCCAGGUUAA